AUUACUUUCGUAUGCAUCAAGCUUUCAGGUGACUUUUUAAAGACCUUUUAAAGCAAAUAGUUAAGGAAUAUUUGUGUUGUGUUUGACAUCUUCAAUCCAAGGCUGAAGGAUUCAGACAAGACAAGACAAAGGAACCAGGCCACACCUAUCCCAUACAACUAGCCUAGCUCCAGAGCCUACCCUCCCUCUUUAACCACACCACCCAGCCCAGAGCCAUAAUCAAAAUGGGCACCCCCUUCAUCUCCCUCCUAGAGCCCACCCGCCUAGACGGGUACGACAACACAAAACCGCACACCGCACAACCCGCACACAUCCCGCGCGUCUUCCUCGAUGCAAUGGAAGUGCGGGAAGCCGUAUUCGUAGAAGAGCAAAAAGUGCCCUUAGCCUUCGAGUACGACGCGGACGACGCGCGGUCGUGCCACUGGGUAGUCUACGCGAGCGUGAACCGGACGACGGAGCCGGAGGAGCGGGACCCGCAGACGGGGGAGGUAACCAAGCCGCGGAAGUCCGAGACCCGGAGCGUGCCCAUCGGUACCAUGCGCAUCGUGCCCUUCCCGCACCCACCACACCCGCCGUCCGGUGCGCGGUACGUGGGCAACGUGCUGCAGGAAGAUGAUGGAAAGGAGGACGAUAGCUCCUCCCAUGAUAAUGCAACGGCUGCUAGACCCCGAGCCAGGACCCUGACUUCCGUAGACACCGAGCGGCAAGCCUCCGCGCUACCCUUCGGCGCAGAUGCGCCGACCACAUACCACGACGGAAAAGAGCCGUACGUCAAGUUAGGCCGGUUAGCCGUGAUCCCCAUGUUCCGAGGCCACCACAUCGCGGGCCAGCUCUGGCGCGCGGCGAAGGCAUGGCUCGAGGAGCAUCCUACCUUCUUCGACCCCAGCGUUACGGAGUUAGGGAUGGACCAGUUGAAGGCAGGUGGUGCUGGGGACAUACCCAAGUGGAACGGGCUGAUAUGCUGCCAUUCCCAGGAGAGUGCGGUCAAGCUGUACGAGAAGUGGGGGUUUAAGGUUGAUGAAGGUAUGGGGAAGUGGUAUGAGGAGGGGAUACCGCAUGUAGGCAUGUUUCAGCGGUUGAACAUUAAGCAUAUGAAUCCGCAGGUAUGAUUUACGAGUUGGGUGGGUGGAUAGAUGGGGGAAGAACUAAGCUGUGAGGUGCUGACACCAGUGCUAUGACGAUCUCAGCAUCACUAUUGCUAUGCCUACUUGCUGUUGCGAUUCUUACUAUGAUACCAGGUCAUGAAUGGCCACGUUCGUCACUAGCUACUGCAUUUACGACUG